ACACACACACACACACACACACACACAACCCCUCAGCACGUACACACACAAAGCAGCACACACGCAUACACACAGCUUUCCUGGAAGAGAACAGCCUUCCCUGGCCAUUUGACACCAGAUUUCACAUCCGCAAAAUAUCAGUUAUUAAAAGAGAAGUUCUUCUUCUUCAGAAGAGAAACAGCUCACAGUGAAGUGACUCAACCAGAGGAGUAUAACACAGCCUUCAUUUCAGUACUGACAGAGUCCAGCCUGCUGUAAGGAUGUCUGGUCCAGCUGUACCUCUCACCAACGUGGGAAAUGGCUACACCAUUGUGACCCAUGUGUUCUCCCCACAAACAGGCACGAGUGAAACACAGCAAAAUGUCUCCAGCGGUGGAUCACUUAAAAAAUUUCUGAAAGGAGAACCAAAAGCACUAGGAACCGUCCAAAUAAUGAUUGGUCUGUUGAUGUUCCUGUUUGGUAUCGUGAUAUCGAACAAUGCCCAGCCUGCCAUUACCGUCUACAGUGGCAUCUCCUUCUGGGGGUCAUUGCUGUUUAUCGUCACCGGCUCGCUCGCUGUUUCAGCAAGCAACAAGCUCCAUCGCUGUGUGGUGAAUGGUGCUUUGACAAUGAAUGUGUUUAGCACAAUAACUGCAGCAAUAGCCAUCAUCUUGCUUUCCAUGGAUUUGGUGUUCUCACAACCGUGCUAUUACGAUUAUGAUUAUGGAUACGGAAGCCGAUACAGAUGUUCCUCCAGGUCCAAUGGCAUUGCCGGAGUGCUGCUGGUUUUCUGUGUGCUUCAGUUCAUCAUCUCCAUCUUUAUCGCAGCCCAUUCCUGUCGCGCUUCCUGCAACACUGAACCUACAGUGAACAUCACUGUGGUUCCAAACCAAGAAGGAUUCUGUUCAGUGGUCAAUCCCUUCCCCACUCAGAACAACCCACAGUGGAUGUAUGGAGCCGGUGGUGCCACUGCGAGUGCCAGUGCUCCUUUGGAAAGUCCUCCAGAGUACUCUGAGACCAAAUGCCCCCCAGACAACUGAGGAUAAACAACCUUAAGAUGAUUAAAACCUGAAAUGCACUUACACACAAAUACAAAUAUAAUGUACAUCUCGCAAUGCAAAGAAUUUUGCUGAUAUAUUUUCUUUAUGCAGUUUCUAUUUUAUGUACUCUUUAGUAUAUACAGUAUUUUGCUUCUGCACUUCACCUAGGGUUGCGACUUAUCCCCAAAAAUAUUUCUUACAAUAUGGAGUCUUUUUUUAGAUAACACAGAAUCAUUCUAACAGUAAAGAAUUGUUCCUUAAAAUAUGAAAUAGUUCCUUAAAAAUAGAAUCUUUUAGACAAUACAGAAUUGUUUAGACAGUAAUGGAAUUAUUCCUUAAAAUACAGAAUCUUACAGAAUCUAAAGCAAUAUAUAAUCAGUAUGACAAUAUGGAACCGUUCUUUAAACUAUAGAAUCUUUUAGACAAUACAUAAUCAUUCUGGAAGUAUGGAAUCAGGUCUCCAUGAGCCACUAUGUCAUGUUUGCUAUGUCAUGUUUCUAUUGUUUGAAUCAGACACUUGCAGUAAAACAGACACUGAGCACAGUCUCUUUUUUACUCAUACUAGUUUUAUAAGUGCUGAUGUUUUCUAUAGUAUUUUGUAUUGUGGGUAUUGACUUUUUGUAAACUUAGGCCCCUUAACAUUUGGCACUUUUGAUUAAAACAGACAAGAUUUCGCACUUUAUCAAGUGGCAGCAGUGUAAAUUAGUGUAAAAGUGAGUGUGAAAUGAAUGAGAGAAAUAAAAAAUUUAUAGAAAAAUUCUGAGGUAAUUUUAAAAAAAGAUUUUUUGCAUAAUUCAUUUAAAGAUACAGAAUAUAUGUUUGUUUUGGUCCUGGGACCACCAUUGUCCCCUGUCCCCUGAAUGCUGUGUUUCUUUUUCCAGUGUCAGACUGUUACUUUUUUGCUGGUAAUACUGGUGUAGUUUAUAUACAUUCUGUAACCUGUGAACUCCUUUGUUACAUAUAUAAUAAAAACAACAUAUGCUUGAAUAUAUAAAGUACAUUUCUACCUAAA